AUGGGAACAAAUUUAAAAUCAAAUCAAGAUUUUCAUAAUUCUAUAGAUUUCACAUCAAACAUAUCAUCAACAUCAUCGCUAUCACCUAAUAACAACAUGUCAAAAUCUCGUCCUGAAGAAUAUGAAUUAAUUGAAAAGAAUAUCAUCACGUCGCAAGGCGUCGAAGAACUCUUUGAUAAAGUUUUAAAAUUAUCAUCAUUAUCAUCGCCCUCUUCUUUAUUAUCAGCACCAACAGAAAUCGACUUUCAAUGUUAUGGUCUUUUUGCUCAAUCAAAUAUAUCAUUAGGAAAUUUCAUUGCAGAGUAUAAAGGUGAAGUUUGUUUAAAAUCCGACUACAAAGAUAAUCCUACAAAUGGGUACAAAGAUCUUGGCACCACGAAGCCAUAUGUUUUAUUUUAUCCAACAUUAGAUUUGUGUGUAGAUGCUCGUCGUUAUGGAACAUAUGCAAGGUUUGUUAGACGUUCAUGUAAUCCUAAUGCUGAAACACGAACAAUGUAUAUUAAUGAUGGUAUAGUUAAAGAUCGCCAAUUACAUUUGGGUAUAUUUGCCAAAUGUGAUAUAAUGCAAAAUCAAGAAAUAACAGUUGGUUGGAACUGGGAUAAUCACCAUGUUGCUCAUAUUUUUAUAAGGAAAGAUGGCGGUGGUGAUGUUGGUGGUAAAGGAAGAGACAACGAUGAUUUAGAUCAAGUCAUUGAUUUAAAUAAAAGGAUUCAAAUGGGUACCGUCGUUUACAACUUGUUAAAGUUUACAGAAUGUGCCUGUGAAGAUAAAAAUAAUUGUGUGAUUGAGAAAAUGAAGAAUUACGCAAAGAAACCAAAAGAUGAUUUGACUAAAAAUAAAGAAGGUUAUUAUUUUGAUUCGCAACAAAGCAAUAUUCCAUAUAAUAAGAGAAAAAUACAAGUUUCAUCUUAUGCAGAUAACAAUAAAAACAAUGAUGACAACGAUCAAGAUGAAGAGAUAGAAAUAGAAGAAGGCAAUAAAGAAUCAGAGGUCGUUGAAUCGAUGGAGUUAGAUUAUGUUGACAGAAAUAAAUAUAAUAAUAGAUCAGAAAUGAAAGGAAUUAACAUAGACGAUGAUAAAAAAUCAAAAGGACUUGAUAAUAGUAGUAGUCAUAAUAAUUACAACAAGAUUAUUGAUUUAGAACAUGAUACCGGAGCAAUGCAUUCACAAAGUUCUACUAUUGUUACAACUACUACACCUACAACUGCGAUUAGUAGUGGUAGGAAAUCAAGAUAUGUUUCAUUUAGUAGUCAAUUUCCUAAUUCCACAAAUCCAAAUCAAUCUAAGCCUAAUGCUGACGCUAAAAGUGAGAUUAGUAGUUUAAUUGAUAAAAAUGAAGAGUAUUCAAGUAAAUUAGAUUUUAAACCAUCAUCGAAAAGACGUAAACUAAACUCUUUUAAACACACACAAAUCAAUUUAUCGAAACCAUCACCAAAAACAACCUCAUCGUCAUUACAUCUUGAUACAACUACAAAAAUAUCUAACAUAUUAUCAUCAUCUAAAUCGCCAAUAUUAACUUCACCAACUGUAACAACUUCAAUACCUGAAAUACCAAAAAAUACUUCAUCAACAUUAUCACCAUCGUCACAAUAUCACACAAAUAAAACUUUCAAUCCAACAAUAAAAGCUUUGCCGUCAACAAUAACGACGACACCAUCGUCAUCAUCAUGUCGUCAUUUAGAAACAUUAAAAACAACUAACACCUCGCAUUUAAAUAUUUACCCCAAUAAAUCUUCAUCAAUAAAUACCAACAUUUCUAAAAAUUUACAAUCUGACUUUACAAAAUCACAAGAAACAACUACGAAACCAAACAUUACCAUCAACGCUACCACAAAUAAUAAUAUCACAUCUUCUACAGCCAAAACUCAAUCAACUGAAUCCAAGAAAAAAACACUUUCACUUUCAGAAUAUAAACAAAUGAAAGUUCUAACCGGUUCUUCGUUGACUUCGAAAACUGAAGAAUCAAAGAAACCAUUAAUAGAAUCUCAAUCAAACAAUACACCGUCAUUAUCAUCACCAUCUACUACAUUACCAAUGCUAACAUCAAUAACGUCAACAAAUUCAUUGACAACUACUAAUACUAAUGCUACAUCAAUAAUAUCUUCGACACAAACAUCACUACCGCCAUUAUCUUCACCAUCUAAAUUUUCUACCGCUGCUACUGAACAACAAAGUAAAACCGAAUUAAAUAAUAUUAAUAAAAUUGAAGAAAUGCACUCAUCCACACCAGAUAGUCAAAUAGUUGCAAUGACAAAUGAUGGCUAUUUCCCGGUAGAUUUCAAUAUCGAUCUUCCGAUCACUUCUUCACAUAUUUCUAAAUCAAAAGACUACUUGCCAACGUCAUAUGAAUAUCACACAUCAAAAGAUAUUGAUUCUAUAAACCAAACUGAAUAUAGGAGAUCUUCUUCAUCCUCUUCUUCAAAACCACCACUAAUAUCUCCACGCGGAAUACCACCACCACGUAGUUAUCAUAAUGGAGGUGGUGGUAGCGGUAGUGGUAGUAGUCAUUACAGAGUCGGAAAGUCAUCAUCAGGUGGCCAUUUUAGAGGUAUGCCUACAUCACCGGGUGAAAGAGGUGGAGGAGGAAGAUAUCAUGGAGGUCUGGGUAAUUUUAAUUCACCAGAUUCGUCACCUGUCACACAAAGACAUGGACAACCAAUACUGUCAUCAACAAUUAAUAAUGAUCGGGAUCAAAUUCAAUCAAUUGAUAACAGUGAUUAUAUGAGAUCUAUUGAUGUUAGGGAUAGAGGAUGGGGUACACAUGAUCGUACUAGAGAAUGGAGAGAACGUGAGAGAGAACGUGAAGAAUGUGGCAAAAGAAAUGAAGAUUAUCGACUUCAAAGGUUUCUUGGUGAUGAUUAUCGUAGAAAUAGAAGAUAG